GCCUGGAUCCCCUCGAGGCUGCCCCCAGGUUUCCUUCCUCCAGCCCGGGAUGCGGAGCCGCCGCCCCGCCCCCAGCCGGAACGUUUAGGGUUUCCGUUUGCCCCGGGAGGGGCAGGGAUGGAAGAGUUGGGGGCUUUUGUCGUGGGGCGGGGGGGCGGCGGACUGUAGAAGCGAGGGUGGGUUGGCUGGAGUUCUGGCUCAGCCGGAAAGGCGCGGAGAAGGCGGGGAACUUGUGUCCUACGCAGUGUUAAGGGGUUAAAUCUUCCCUCCGGAGACUUCUCGGUGCCUGCGGAGGCCCAUCCGAGGAAUUCCUGGAAAAUAGCUUGGUGGAUCAAGUGACAGCAAGAGACAAGGUGACAUGAGAGAUUUGGCUGUGUCCUGCACUGAAGAGCUUACUGGUAGAAUUAAUUCCUAAAGAGACCGAAGUGGGUUUCCAGAUGGCGAAAGAGGAGCCCCCGAGUAUUUCCAAAGACUUGCAGGAGCUGCAGAGGAAGCUGUCUUUGCUGAUAGACUCUGUCCAGAAUAAUUCAAAGGUGGUUGCCUUGAUGAAGUCUCCAGUGGGUCAGUACCUGGACAAGCAUCCUUUUCUGACCCUCACCUUGCUGGUGUUUGUUGCUGUGUCAGCCGUUCCUGUUGGCUUCUUCAUACUCCUCGUGGUACUUACCUCCCUGGCUGCUUUUGUGGGAGUCAUAUUACUGGAAGGCCUGGUCAUCUCUGUGGGCGGCCUCUCACUGCUUUGUGUCCUCUGUGGCUUGGGCUUCGUGUCACUCAUCAUAUCAGGGAUAAUCACCGUGUCCUACGUGGUAGUCUCCAGCCUUGUCAACUACUGGUUUUCUCCCAGACUGUUGACACAACACAACUGCAGUGGCGACUGUCAGCUGCCCAGGAAGUCUGCAGAUUUAGAUGGCCUCCACCAGGAAUGACCAGCUGAAUGGAACCAAACUGAUUUUCCAAGCAACUCUGGAACGUUGUCGGGUCAUCCUUGCCCCUUGGGGUCAUGACUCAGAAGGGGCCCAGUAGUCAAGCACUUCCUGGAGGUAUCCUCUUGCUUUUUCACUUGUAGGCUCCUGUAGUGGGCAAAUUUGGGGAGUCUUGUUGCUUUGGUCUCAGUUCCAUCAGCUAACAGACUCUCACAUGGAGAAUCAACAGAGAACUUCAGUGGCUCAGCGGCUCCUCCCAGGUCUCACUUCCUUCUCCCCAAAGAUGCAGACCUGACCUUGGCAGAGUCCUGAGCCUCUAGAGGCCAGUGACUUGACCCCAAAGGCUCAAAUCUUGUAGCCGAGGGCCCAAUUUAGGGCAGCCGCAAAGUGUUUUUCCUUUUUCUUUCUAUCUUCUUUUUUUUAAAAAAUGAGAGCUGCUUACUUCUUCACUCAUUUGAAACAAGAGGUGGGGGAAAAAAAUCCCAAACAGAACAAACUCUUUUGCCUUACCAGCUUUUUAUCAAAGCCAAAUAACAUCUGGGGAUAAUGGCCUCUCAGUCAAAGUUAAAAAGUAAGAGUCUACGCUUUUGGCCAAGAGCAUUUUUUUUCUAAGUGCUAAAGAUAUGGUUUCCACUGUUGAGUAUUAUUAAGUGCUGUUACUCUUUAAAAUAUUUGCACUUGAUACUUUGGUUUUAAGGAACUUGUCUUGUUAAGCCGUGUCUUCAAAAAGUCCUGUGAACAUGAUAUAAACAACUAAUUUUA